AUGAUCCAAGAUGUGAACGUAAAUCAACAGAAAGAAAAUGAAGUAAUUACAGAUCCACCAAAACCAAAUAAAGCUACAACAUCACAAACAGACUCAAGCCAUAAAAAAUCAACCGUAACACAAUUCACAACUUACACCACUACGGAAACAUCAUAUUUCCCAGGGUACACCACUUAUACCUCUUCAACAGGGACCAAUGGACAAUUAACAACAUAUGCAACUUACAUUCCACCAAGUACUGUUGUGGUGGUCAAGAAAGUUACUUCAGCAACUGUAGCAGAGAUUCAAGAAAGUGAUCCUGUUUCAGCUGGAUAUCUUGAUCUGGAACUCUCCCUUUAUAAUUUAUACAGUGUUGCUACAUCAUUAUUUGUUAUUUCUGUAACAAUGCUUUAUUUAAUUGUUGCUUAA